AUGGAUUUCUACCCUUCCUGUGAACCUUUUUUUCUAGAUUCUCAAGCUGCUGCAUCCAAAGACACCGCCAUUCAUGAUCAAAAGUUUACAUGGCCACCCGAAGACAAGAUUACACUGCGAUGCAACUUUAAAAAAAGAAGUGUAGCUAAGAUAUUGCAAUUAAUGCAAUCAUUGACUGAGUUUUAUUUUCGCACCCAUUAA